GUGCUACUGAAGGAAUUUUUUUAUUUUAUGUAGAAAAAUCCACAGGACUCCAAAUAAAAAUCAAUAGGUAUGGGGGUAUAUUAAAUAACACUUGGAAGAAGUACCUUGGCAUAAUAUGUUUUGGCUGGAGCUAUAAUGUGACUUUUGGAUUGAUCACUUUUAUUUUUCUUAUUCACUCUCCGUAAUGCAUGCUGUACCUAUACAUAAAGACUUUCAAUCCAGUAUUUUUGCAUGGGCAUUUUGACAUGGGGGGGGGCUGUAAGGCAAGAAUAAAAGCUGUCAUUAAAAAUCUAAUAAAUUUGUGUUUGGAAAUGGUUGAGGUAGAGUGUAUUUUCAAGCUGAUGGCUAGCAAGUUGAAUAUUUACCAUUUGACUUAGGACUUUUAGAUCAUUCGUAUACUGGCAAUAGUGAAGGAAUCAGAUUGGGAGAGCACAGUCCAGAAAAUGCACCAUCAUCCCAGAAUUAGCUAAGAGUAUGACAUUAUCUGAAGAUGCAUACCAUGAGGUUCAAAUUAUCUGGAAUGUUACAUGUGCAGAGUCUCAGUGCAAGAUUUAAUCUUUAAGAUCAUGGAUCAAGGUGCUUUCCUGGCAGUCAUUCACAAGGAGUAUUUAAGGACAUCAUGCUUGGGUAUGUUGAUCCUACGAUCCCACUGUUCCAGGAGAAGGCCACUGCCCAAUAUUGUCCUAAUCAUAUGCACUCCCAGCAGCAAACUAGAGACCAAGACAAUGCUGUUAGAAGGUAGCGAUCAGCCACUCCCACGGUGUUCUUGGCAUUAUGUCAGUAAGAGCUGUUUGACAGUGGAACGAACUCUCUCGAUAGCUUGUGGACUCUCCUUCCUUGGAGGUUUUAAAGCAGAGGUUGGAUAGCCAUCUGUCAUAGAUGCUUUAGUUGAGAUUUAGUUGAGAUUCCUGCAUUGCAGGAGGUUGGACUACAUGAGCCUUGGGGUUCCUUCCAGCUCUAUGAUUCUAUGUCACCUCCAGUUACCCAUGCAGAAAAAGUACCAAUCCAUGCCCAGUGACGUGAAGAUGUUGCAGAAUCCACUCCUCUCCACAUACAAUACACAAGCACAAUCCCUCCCACCAACAGACAACAGUGCCUCUCUCUCCAAUGCCGGUGAUCACCCAAAACUCAAUAGGCUUCUGUGUAGAAAUCAGAGGUUCCGCUGCCAGGAGCAGGAGUGACAGCUUGGCCCCCCGACUGUGGGUACCCGGGGCCGUGCAUGCCAGUGCCAUGCAGCGUGCAUGGCCCUAGCCAAAAUCUGUGGGUGCCCAGCCCCUUCAUGUGGAGUUUUGUGGGUACCCAGGGCCCCAGCACCUAUGUCCAGCAGGGUUCGAAAUGUAUUGGGGUGCUUCCACAUAGAUAAUGCCAGGCAUCCCCAAACUUGGCUAUCCAGCUGUUUUGGGACUACAAUUGCCAUCAUCCCUGCCCACUGGUCAUGUUAGCUAGGAAUGAUGGGAUUUGUAGUCCCAAAACAGCUGGAGGGCCAAUUUUGGGGAUGCCUGGAUAAUGCUAAUAACAUUGCAUAUAGCAUGUGUGCUCCAAUUCAGCAGUAAAGAGCAGGUUUUAAUGGGGAAAGCGCUGGGGUGGGGGUCAAAAGAAUAAUUAAUAAAAGCUCAGACAGGGAGCUUUAAAGCACAGACCUGUGCCUAGAAAUGCAGAAUGAAAGCAAGUCUGGAUGACCCUAGAUCAGGGGCAGGUCAUGCUCUAAUCCAAUAAUAGGUCAUGUUGCCAGAAUAAGCAGCAGGUGGCUUUGAGAUAGGAGCUAAUAGCCCUUCACUGCAGUAAAGAACAGGAAAAAAAUAAACAAUGAUUUCAUUAUGGUUGAAAUGAAAUGAGUGAAAAAAACAUCCCUCUCCAAAAGUGACAUGGAGGGUCUGUUAACUCACAAGCAGGCUACCACAUUAUACAUUUAAAGGGCAUUAUUUCCUUCAAAUAAUUCUGGGCACUGUAUGUUGAGGGUUGCGGGGAAUUGUAAUUCUGUGAAGGGAAAACUACAGUGCCCAUAAUUCUUUGAGGGCAAUAUUGUGUUCCAAAUGUGCUUUACAGGUGUAUUAUGUGUACUCAGCUUCUGACUGAUACCUCUGUCACCUAGAAAUAAUUAUAAAGGGUUGUAUCCACUGCUUCCAUUUCCUCUCCUCUCCCUCACCCCACCCCACAAUAUCUUCCAGAAUCUGCUCCAGAGGAUCCCCAAGCCUGAUUUUGGGGAGUGGGGAGCUGGAGGGUACAGGAGAGGAAGAAGAUGAAGCACUGGAUAUGACCCUCAGUUGCAGGCUCUUGGGUCCGAAGAGAGUCAAACUGCACAGUCCGCAAUGGAAGACUGAAUUUUGAUCUGACUAGAAAAGAGGAGGCUCCUCCAAAUUAUUAUUUAUUGUGUUUUUAGAUAUGCUGUAAGCUGCCCAGAUGGGUGAAGUAUAAAUAAUAAAAUUAUUAUUAUUAUUAUUAUUAUUAUUAUUAUUAUUCCUUCAAAUCAACCUGAGUUGAGGGACAGCUAAGGACCUCUAUUGUACCACUGGAAAUCUGUGAAUACCAUAAGAUAUCAGGAUUUGGUUGCGCUCUCCGCAUAAAUAGGAUUUAUUUAUAAAAGGAUGCUUUAUUAGUUUGUGCCAAUGGCAGCUUCAGUGGGACAUGGAUUUCAUCAGGACCACAGUGUGUAAGCGGAAAUGGUUAAUACCCAACUCCAGAGCAACUGGAAAAAAUGCAGGAUACAACUAUGCAGGACAAUGGCUUCCAUUGCUGAGCGGACUUUCAUCGCCAUCAAGCCUGACGGAGUACAGCGGGGCUUGGUGGGAGAAAUUAUCAAGCGAUUUGAAAGGAAGGGAUUCAAACUGGUAGCCAUGAAAUUCAUGCAUGCCUCUGAAGAUCUCCUCAGUGAACACUACAGUGACCUGAAGGAUAGGCCAUUCUUUGCUGGGCUAGUUAAAUAUAUGCACUCUGGACCUGUUGUAGCCAUGGUAUGGGAAGGCCUCAAUGUAGUUAAGACCGGAAGAGUAAUGCUGGGAGAAACUAAUCCUGCAGAUUCCAAACCUGGCACAAUUCGUGGUGACUUCUGUGUGCAAGUUGGCAGAAAUAUAAUUCAUGGCAGUGACUCUGUAGAAAAUGCUGAGACUGAAAUCAACCUAUGGUUCACACCAGAAGAAAUUGUCGACUACACAAGCUGUGAGCACCCAUGGAUCUAUGAUUAAAACGUAAUGGAUUA